AUAGUGGGCGGAAACGACUAUCGGCAGCCACUGUGUGUUCGCACUUCCUCCACCGCGUAUUGCACCGCAUGUUGUUGAGGUUAUUCUGAUCUGGGUUUGGUUUUCGUUUUCAAGAAAUUUGUCGAUCUUAAACACUUGUCAUUAUGAAAGUGGCCGUUCCACCCAAGAAAGUUAAGAGUGCUCUGAGCAAAGUCUCCAAAAACAAAGUGUCAAAGAAACGAGAAAAGGAUGGGCUGGGAAAGAAAAAGGGAGCUGUCUUGGCAUUAGCUGAAGAGUCCCUCACAACUCCUGAAAAGAAAAUCAUCGCAAAGUCUUUAAAGAUGAAGAAGCCUGCUGAACCAGCUAAAGCUUCAGAAAACUAUGAAGCAAAGUCUUCACUUGUUUCUAAAUCCCCGAAGAAACCGACUGGUGUGUCAAAGUCGCCUGUUGUGGCAAAGCCUCGGCGCUCCAAGAAGAAGAAUGUUGCUGCCUCCGUAUCACCGAAGAAAGGGACUGUUCCUAAAUCAAAUGGUGCCAACUCCCCUGUUGCGACUAAAUCACUGAAGAAAGCAAAUGUUGUUGCAAAAUCUCCUGUUGUCAAGUCUGUGAAGACUAGUAAGAAACAGAAGAUGAACGUUGUGCCUAAAUCUGAAGAGAUGAAGAAUGAGAACUCCCCUGCUGUGGAUGUUGUCCCAAUGUCCGCUGUUGCCACUGUAAGGAAAAACAAUAAACAGAAGGACAAACUUUCAAUGACGAGCCCUAAAGAAAAGGUUCUCCUUGCGGGGAAACAGAAAAGGAAAGCUGUAGCUGAAUCACCAGGAAUAAAGGAAAAGAGUGCCGAAAAUGUUGCAGUUAAAUCCCUGAAAAUUUCAAAGAAAACACCCGGGUCACUGGUACAAAAGAAAACUAGGGGCAGGAAACGGAAGCAGAAUGUUGUCGCUGUAUCUUCAAUUAUCCGUACCAAAAAGUUACGCUUAAAGAAGAAAACACACUCGAAGCUUGUGGCAGACUCUUCAGUGGAAUUGAAAUCAGAACUACUUCAGGGAGUAUGUGCUAGUGCAUUGAAGUUAAUAAAUAAAACUGAUGAAGGCCAAGGAAAGAAAGAUCUAUUUGAGUCUUUAGGACAGCCUGUCUACUUUCAGUUAACACUUUUUAAAGUGCCUGAAACUCCCAAAAAGGACUUCAGAAUUCCAGUUCCUCACUCCAUUUACCCAACAGACCCUGAUGUACUCCUCAUUGUACCUGAUAUCAGGAGAGGUCGUUUCAGAGAUGUCACUUUUGCCAAAUACAUGGAGGAGUAUGAGGAAAAGCUCAGUGAUGCAGGAAUAAAAGGAGUCAAACAGAUUAUUCCCUUCACACAAUUGCGAGCUGAAAACAAUCAGUUUGAAUUGAAACGGAGACUUGUCCAUUCAUAUGAUAUAAUUGCCUGUGAUGCUCGCCUUUCUGAUCAUUGCACCCACUUCCUCGGACCAGCAUUGAAGAAAUGCAACAAACAUGUCACACCUCUGAAGGUCACAGUGGAUGAUGACUCCCAUUCUAAAAGAAGAAAUUUCCAAUUUUGUUCUGACUUGCAACAACGGUUGGACAUGGCACGCCUGAAAGCAGUUUUUACUUUAACUGGUGCAGGGACCUCAUUAGGCAUCAAUCUUGGUCAUUCCCUAUUCAGUCCAGAGCAGCUAGCAGACAAUGUCCAAGCCGUAUGGGCAUUUUUGGGAAAACAUUUGCCUGGCGGCUUAAAGAAUAUUAAGACAGCAUACCUCAAGGGUGCUAAAACAUUGCCUGUUCCAGUUUAUGCUUCACUUGUUCCUCUUAAGAAGUUGCCUGCAGUGAAACCGAAGAAAUCAGUGCAUCCAGUCGAAGAUGAGAUCAGUACUCUUCCUGGUUUCACAACCAUUGUUGACUCGUCUGGUAAUGUUAAAGUUGUUAAUCGACAGACUGCUGAAGAUCGUGAGUUCUUCAAAACUGUAUUUGAACCCAAGGAAUCCAACAAGAGAUCCAAGUCUCAACAUGGCUCUAAAUCAAAACGGAUCAAGAAAAAUGAUGACGAUAAUGAUGAUGUUGAUGAUGAUGAAGAAAAUGAUAUAUCUGAAGAUGAUGGGGAGGAUGAUUUACAAGAGAUGAUGGAUACUGCCGCUGCUGAGGAAGAAUACCUAAAGAACUGGGCUGAGUCGGCUGCUGAAAUGGAGAAGGAGCAAAAGAAUAAUCAAGGUAAAACAAAGUCCAGAAGAAAGAAUAAGAACAAGAAAGGAUCUGAAUAGCCCACUACAAACCUUUACGUGUUACUUGAUUUGCAGGGCCUGGAAAAAACGGCUUCAGAUUUGAUCGGAGUUAGCAAUGACAUUUGGGGAACUUAAGAAAAUCAAGACAGCACCAGUGUACAACCUGCAGAAAUUUGUUGUUGUCCGAUAGUUGAAGUUCCUUCAAUUAUUUGGUUGUUCCUUUCUUUAUCAUUAUUAUUUUAAAUCAACAUAAUAGACUUUCUUCUGUGAUUUGAUACAAAUUAAAUUUGUAAUUUGUAGUUGAGGUAUUGUUGACAGAUACAUUGUUUUCUAUCUUGUAUUGUAGCAAUCAAUAUCAAUGGCAAUUGAUAAACAUGAACAAGUUUUGAAA